AUGACCAUCUCUCCAGCCUUCUUUUCUUCGCUCCUCAACGUAUCCACCUCCAAAAUCCCAAACUCAGAUACCCCUUUUGCCAAAACCAAAUACCCUUCAAGAAGAAGGACACAUUCGAUCCAUUUCCACCCCAUAAGAUCUCUCGCAGAUUCAAUUUCCACUCUAGAUAAUCAACCGGCUGCUGCCUCGUCAUCGGCCCCUAGCAGUUCGGCUACAAUUACGAACUCUGUAAGUCUUGACGAUGAUAGUGUUAAUGAUGAUGAGGUGAAAAAAGCUGAGUCGAUAAUUGGGGCUAAGGUCAGGAUUAAGGUGCCAUUGAAGGUUUACCAUGUGCCUAAAGUGCCCGAAUACGAGUUGACGGGAAAGGUGGGUGUGGUGAAGCAGUAUGUUGGGGUUCAUAAGGGGAAAAAGAUUUCAGCUAAUUUGCCUUAUAAAGUGGAGCUCAUGGUGGAUGAGGUUCUGGGGCGUGAUGGGAAGCCACUGAAAUUUUUGGCACACAUGAGGGAUGAUGAGUUUGAAUUUCUUGACUGA